UGUGGAUCUCGUUCUGCUGUCGUUCAGUUUUCUUUCCGGUGGAAAAGUUUAGGUUUGCGCAAUUAGUUUUUUUUAUUUCAGUAAGUGCAUUCUUGCUGUGUGGACUGACUGCUGAGAAGAAUUUGCAGUAAAUAAAGGAAGCGGCAGUCCUAUUCUUGGUCUAUUCAUUCUUCCAGCGUCUCGUCCUCGGAUGCUCAAAAGUGAGAUUGAAAAAGAUGGCGACAUUUGAAGAUUAUUGUAUAAUAACUCAGGAGGACCUGGAGGAUAUUAAAGAAUCCAUAUCUACUCAGGAUCUCCCAUCAGCGAUAAACACGAUCAAAGAAUACCUCAAACAGCAAGAUCUUGUAGAACUUAACAUUGGUGUGACGGGAGAGUCAGGUUCUGGAAAGUCCACGUUUGUCAAUGCAUUCAGGGGUUUAGGGGAUGAAGACGAAGGCUCUGCUAAAACUGGCCCAGUAGAAACCACUAUGGAGGCUGAAGUUUACCUUCACCCUAAAUACAAAAAUGUGAAAGUGUGGGAUCUUCCUGGAAUUGGAACACCAAACUUCAAAGCCGAUGAGUAUCUUGAACUGGUUCAGUUCGAACGCUAUGAUUUUUUCAUCAUCAUUGCUUCGGAUCGGUUCAGAGAAUGCCACACUCAGCUGGCCAAAGAGAUCAAGAACAUGGGGAAAAAGUUUUAUUUUGUUCGUUCCAAGAUUGACUUUUGUAUUACUGCUGAGAAGAGGAAGAAGAACUUUGACCAGAAAAAGACGCUGGAUACCAUCCGAGAGGAUUGUAAAAACGGGCUGAGAAAGAUCGGUAUAGAGGAUCCUGUCGUGUUCCUGAUCUCUGGUUGGGAGCUCGGCAAGUAUGAUUUAAAUCAGCUGCAGGAGAGGAUGGAGAAAGAGCUUCCGCAGCAUAAGAGACGUGUGCUGAUGUUGGCUUUGCCGAAUAUAACACUGGAGAUUAAUGAGAAAAAGAAGAAAGCUCUGGAGGAAAACAUUGGAAAAGUUGCUUUCCUGUCUGCUUGUGUAGCUGCUAUUCCUCUUCCUGGUCUUUCGAUCACUGCAGAUAUAGCCAUCAUAGCAGAUGAGUUGAGAAAGUACUACAGUGUGUUUGGUCUGGAUGAUCCAUCCCUACAGAAGCUCUGUGAAAGAUCUGGGAAAACCAUAGAGGAACUGAAGAGUCUGAUGAAGUCUCCUCUGCAUCAAGGGAUAAACACAAGUUCAAUAUUAACCUUGCUGGGUGCUGCGUCUUUUCUUAUAUCAGAAGAUGCUGUUGAGUUACUUAUGAGCUUCAUUCCCAUUAUUGGCAGUUUGGUGGCAGGAGGACUGUCUUAUCUGACUGUCUCAGGAAUGCUGAAGAGAGCUCUGAAUGACAUCGCUGAUGAUGCUAGGAACGUGCUGAUGGCUUCACUGGAGACUGAAGUGUAGAAAAUGAAAGAAUAUGCAACAGCGUUUAGAACUAAUGGGGUAUUUAUAGACAAUUUUUUUUUUGACAUUUAAUACAAAAUAUCUAAAAGACAUGUAUGAUAUAGAUUUCACGUUUACAUUAUCUGUUGCUUUUAUCCAAAGCAGCUUACAUUUGAGGUACUGUAAAAUACAGACAUGUGAUUAAAUGUAUAAGAUUUGCUACAAUAAUAAUUGUUACCUUUGGAAAAAAUAACUUUUAUUUGCAAAUGUAUAUUUGCUCAAAAUUCACAUUUCUCUACAUCAUUGAUCAGUGUCUUUCUUACCUGAUAGAUUUCUUUUGGCUCUCUCUUCUUUCUAAUUUACUUUUCAUAAUUCAUAGUUAUUCAGUCAUCCAGUGUCUCUGCACUACAAUUAUUGUUGUUAUUUAUCUUAUAAAGUGUUGAAUAAAUACCUCCAUCUGGGUUCAAACUUA